GGGGCCAGCUGGAAGUUGCUGAAAGCUGCUGGGGCCGGGAGCGAGGGAGGACGGCAGCGAGGAGAAGCGCGGACCGGGGUCCAGGAUGGGGCUGCUGGUGCUGGCCCUGGCCACCUGGCUGGGGCUGGGGCUGGCCUCGGCCUCCGAGGAGCCGGCCAACAGCAGCCGGAUCUGCCAGGAGGCGCCGGCAUGGACCAUCAAUGGCUCGAGCCCCAUGGAGGGGGCGGCAGGGCAGGUGACGGUGGUGGCCCUGCUGAAGGCCAGCUGACAGUUCUGCCUGAGGCAGGCCCACAGCCUCGGGGGCCUGCGGGAGCGGCUGGCCCGGCAGGGCAUGGCCGAGGUUCGCUACAUGAUCGUCAACGAGAAGGCGCCGCUGUCCCGCGCCAUGCUGCCCGAGCUGCGGCGCCAUGCCCCGCCCGGCGUGCCCGUGCUCCAGCCCGAGCAGGGGGACCCCGACGUCUGGCAGGUCCUGGGGGGUGACAAGGACGACUUCCUUGUUUAUGACCGGUGCGGCCGCCUGGCUUUCCACAUCCAGUUGCCCUUCAGCUUCCUCCACUUCCCCUAUGUGGAAGCAGCCAUCCGCUCCAGCCACAUCAAGGACUUCUGUGGCAACUGCUCCCUCUACCCCAACACCACCCAGGAGGCUAACAGCACCAUGGAGGGCCCUGCAACCCCAAGCUCCCUUCCUGAACAUGAGGAGAAGGAGUCAGAGAUCCCCGUCCACCAGCACAACCCCCUCCAUCCUCACCACCAUCACGAGGUCAACAGUGAGAGAGACACAAAGCCAAGUGAGGACCACAAACCUGCUACCCAUGCUCACCACCACCACGGAGACCAUGGCCAGCUCCAUCACAAGGAGAGGAAGCAGAAGGAGGGGGAUGAGCAUUAAACCAGGCUGGGCAGCCUUGGAGAACCCAGUAGUGUGCAGACGACCCCACCUCACUUCACAGAGGCAUGGAAGGACUUGCUUUGGGCUGCUGGUCACCAGCAGUGCUGGUUUAACAGCUCCCUCCAGCAAACCCUAUGUGGGUUGCCCUCCUACGCUGUGAUAGGGAUGGAAAUUCCCCUUGGACCCUGCUCAGUGCUGCAUUUUCAGCCCCAGGACUCAGUUCUGAGCCUUCAUCUGCCACUGCCCGCCUUUCUGUGCUCAAUGAAGCCCGCUGUGCAAACCAGGAGGUCCCUGGUCACUGCUGGCUGACACUGCACAGAGCAGCAGGGCGGGGUGGAGGGGCCAGAGCUGGGGUGGGAGCAGCGCUGCUGGCAUCCUCUGCCCAUCCAGACACUCCUGGGUGUGCAGGAAUCCCUGGGUUUCCUGGCCAGGGAGCGAGGGGAGGGACAGCGUGUGGACACGGUCCCAGGGAGGAGCGGUGGAUGUCGCGGCUCCCCACGGUCCGAAGCCUGUCCCCCCGGCUGUGCCGUUCUGGGCGCCCCCGGACCGUGCGCACGGGUAUGUGCAGUGGUGCUGGGUGGCCGCAAGAUGGUGGCCUUGUCCCCUCUUGGAGACCCAGGGGCUGGAUCCGAUGGGCGCAGCUCGGCGAGGACAGGGUGGGGAUCCUGAGCUCUUUCCUGCGGGUAAGCGAGGUGGGAGGGCAGCG